AUGAAAACAGGUUGGGAGAACCUAGGCCAGCACACGGCAGUCGAUACCUCCACGACGCCAGAGUGUGCUCGUACCUCCGGGCUCGGUGCUCGAGGCCUUGAUUUGCAGCCAUCAAAUGUCUCCGUGUCUGCAAACCCCAAGCUACCCGAGCCGGUACCACCAAUGCUAGAGCGCAAGGGAUCCGAGCCUCCGGCCAAUAAACCUAUGGUGGUUGGCGUAUACGGAAUUCAGGGCUCAGGAAAGUCGCAUCUGUUGAGCGAGCUGAAGAAAUCUCUUGACCCAGACAGCUUCUGCUUCUUCGAUGGGUCGGCCACGCUCAGAAGAUUUACCCCUGGCCGCUUUGAGCAGUUCAAUUCAUUGCCAGAAGCCGAGAAGUACCAGGCUCGAGAGAAGGCAAUCGAAGCUGUUAGCCAGGAACGCUCUGACAGCGAAGUGGUCGGGAUUGUGGCCGGCCAUUAUACUCUCUGGGGCGAGGACGAUGAGGGACCUGAUCUGGUUUGGACCGCAAGUGAUCAAAAAAUAUUCACGCACAUGGUGUACCUCCAAAACCUGCGCAUCUGGCAAGACAGAGAGAUCUCUGAGCUCCGCAGCACUUGCUAUAAAAAUGGGAUUCUGUUCACUGUUAUCAACGAACACUCGACCCGGAACGGCGACGACAACGGCUUCUUCGCUGCGGACAACACACAUUCUCAAGCCAAGAAAAUUCUCGAAGGUUUGCGGACUCGCACCGAGGAAGUCAACCUAUCCUAUGUGGAGGAAAAGAUCGACCUGAUUGUCAAGGGCUGCCCUCGGAAAGACUAUGCUGAAGACACGGGCAUGAUGUUCUGGGAGAGGUUUCCUUGCACCGAUCCUCAUUCGGACAUUGCCUAUCGGCUAAAGGCUAUCUUCGGCGGACCUCUUGGAUACACCUACGAUGCAUUCCUUCAAGCCAUGCUUCUCUACCAGGAAUUGGAUUCCAAAACAUUCCACGACCUCUGCCGACAUGUUGCGAAUGAAGUUGCAUUGUAUCCCGAGUUUCUCUCUCUGCUGCGUCGGGUGGAGCAAGACCGUUCUGCUGGUGCCGUGGUUGUUACUUGUGGUUUGAAGCAGUUGUGGGAAUACAUCCUGAGUAAACAUGGCCUAAUGAUUGAAGUUAUCGGGGGAGGACGCAUGGAAGACGAGUAUGUAGUGACGGGAGAAGUUAAAGCUGCUCUGGUGCACCGAUUGAGGAAGGAGCAUGGCAUGUCUGUUUGGGCCUUCGGAGACAGUGAGCUUGACUUGAAGAUGAUGCAGGUGGCGGACCAAGCCAUUGUCGUCGUUGGAACGCAGGGAACCCGAAGCAAGACGAUGGAUAAGAAGUUGGCACUUGCAAUGGAGAGCGGUCUCGUGGCCCGGCAGGCUCUGGUCCCGGCCCAUGCGGCAGCUCGCCUGGAUGCGAAGAACUUGCCGCUAGUCGAUCUCAACGACACCAAGUUCAUCAACCUCAUGCUCCGCCGGCGAAAGCAUGUCUCAGUUCGCUACCCAUCGAAGAACGCCGCGAUGCUGCUUCAAACCCCCAUGCGUGAUGCGGAAAAGGCAGGUCCGGUUCUUCAAGAUGUCCACCGCCGAGUAGGGUGGUUCUUGGCGAUGGAAUUGGUGACAGACCUGCUUGGAACGGAGACUUACCGUAUCCCUCAUGUACAGGGCAACCUCUCGGAUGGUCAUCGGCUAAAGCACGAGGAGCAGACAGUUAUCGUGGCUUUGAUGCGUGGCGGAGAACCGAUGGCUCAGGGCAUCAAUGAUGCCUUUCCCCUCGCCAUGUUUGUUCAUGCCAACGAGCCGCAGGAUCUAGAGUUCGAUCAUCUUGAAGGACGACGGACGGCGUUGCUUGUAGACUCGGUUAUCAACCGCGGCACGACGAUUGUGGAGUUCGUCCGUCGUAUUCCCCAGCUUCACAGCACGGUCCCGAUCAUUGUCGUGGCAGGCGUUGUUCAGAAGGAGGCCAUCGCCGGCCCGCUUGAGUUUCUUGAUGGUCAAAUUGGGCCGAAGCUCGUCACUUUGCGCAUUUCUGACAACAAGUUCACGGGAAGGAAAGGUACAGACACAGGGAAUCGUCUGUUCAAUACCACUCAUCUCAAGUGA